AUGUGCGCAAGAGAAUUGGUUAGGGGAUCUGCAGAGAGUGGCUACCAAGAUUUACCAGUCUAUUUGCAUAUGAUUAAAGAAGCAAAUCCAGGGACAUUCACUCGCCUUGUAGUAGAUUCUAGUGACAGAUUCAAGUAUCUUUUCAUCGCAUUUGGUGCUAGCAUCAAGGGUUUUCCAUUCAUGAGGAAGGUCGUUGUUGUCGAUGGCACAUUCUUGCAAGGAAAGUUUAGAGGUCGCGAGUUGUUUGGCUUGGUGAAAAAGGCAGCUAAUUCAUACAGACUUUCGGAUUUUGAGACCAUAUUCGAUGAGAUCAAAGCCUUGCACCCAGCAUUGCAUGGUUAUUUGCAGAAAGCAGAUGUACUGAAGUGGGCGAGAGCUCAUUUCCCUGGUGAUAGGUACAAUUUGACUACGACCAACAUAGCUGAAUCUAUCAAUAGAGUUCUUUCAGAUGCACGGAGUUUGCCGGUUGUAGAACUUAUAGAAGCAAUAAGGCAAAUGAUGACUCGCUGGUUUUCGGCACGAAAGAUUGAUGCAAAUUCAAUGAAAACAACUCUGACUCGUGGAGUAGAAAAGCUUUUAGAGGGCCGUGUACCUUAUGUUAAGACACUGAGCGUGCAACAGAUAGAUAUUCACCAAUAUCAGGUGUCAGGUGUCUCAUCUACCCACGUAGUGAACGUGACAGAGCGAAGUUGUUCAUGUCGCAGAUUUGACAUAGAAAAGCUACCUUGCGUGCACGCAAUUGCAGCAGCUGAGGCGAGAAAGUUAUCAAUCAUUUCAUUGUGUCAUCCAUACUAUUGUACAAACUAUCUGUACAACGCUUACUCCGCGGUAGUAAUGCCGAGAGAUGCUGAUACAUCAGUCCCUGAUAAUGUCGCAGGAAUAAUUUGUUUGCCUCCUGAGGUUCGCCAACCACCAGGGAGACCCAAAAAUUCAAGAAUGAAGUCUUGGCUUGAGAAAGGUGAAAAUAAGAAACAACCAAGAAAGCAGCAUAAAUGUUCGAUUUGUAAUCAAGGUGGUCACAAUUGCAAAACUUGUCCUGUUGGUUAG